UUCAUCAGGGAUUACAAUGAAGAAGAGGCGAAGAUUACUGUGGAAAAGGCAAUUCGAAAAGGCAUAAACUAUCUUGACACAGCUCCUGCAUAUGGUCAAGGAUAUUCGGAAAUAGUUCUUGGACAGGCGUUGGUUGGAAUACCGCGAAAUGCGUACUAUGUAUCCACCAAAGUGAGCAGAUAUGGCAAGGAUUGGGCAACCAUGUUCGAUCGGUCGGCCAGUGCAGUAACCGCUGGAUUCAAGCGAAGCCUUCAAAGCCUCGGCUUGGAUUAUGUUGACAUUAUCUUUGUCCAUGACGUCGAAUUUGGUACAUUGGAUCAAAUACUGACUGAAACAUUACCAGCUGUCAAAGAGCUACAAGAUGAAGGAAAGGUCAAACACAUCGGAAUCUCUGGAUAUCCCUUGGAUGUACUGAAAGAGAUUAAGGAGAAAUCAUCUGUGCCAAUCGACGUUGUUCUAUCUUAUUCGCGAGAGUUGGUUUUCGAUCACACCCUACAGGAAUUCAUUCCGUUCUUCCAGCAAAAUGGAAUGGGUAUUGUAAAUGCUGCACUUACUGGCAUGGGACUCCUAACAAAAAAAGGACCCCCAGCCUGGCAUCCAGCUGAUUCCAAGUUGAAGGAGCUCUGCAGACAAGCUGCAAUUUAUGCUGAUGAAAGAGGAACGGAUAUUGCAAAGCUUGGCAUUGCUCAUUCCCUGAAGGAAUCUGGUUGUCACUCCAAUCUGGUUGGAAUGAGCUCUAUGGCUGAGUUGGACAAGAAUCUGGAUGUCUAUUACAAUGGUUUGAAUGAGAAUGAAUAUCGUGUUCUUUCCGAGAUAAAAGACAAGUUUUUCAACGGAGAAAAAAAUUACCACUGGGAAGGGAAAGAAAUUGAGAGCUAUCUAUCUUAUAAGAAAAUGACAGCAUAGAGUAGUUUGCCAACACUACCUAAGCAAAUAAUAUUCAACAUACUUGUUUGUUGAAAACAUUGGAGAAAGUUUCAUCAUUUCUGGAAACUCAUCAUUUCAUUUUCACCAUGGACAGUUAGAACGCGUCAUAGCAAAAUAUAUUCAGUUACAGUAAGAGAAAUGACACUUUACUUGAGAAAUGACAUAAAUUCUUACUAUUCUCACAAUGCUUACAGUUCGAAGUAAGUCUCAGUGUAGAGGAGAACAGACGUGCCGCCAUCUUUGUUUGGACUCAGUGGUCUUUUCAUUCAUUCAACAUACAUGUUUGUCGAGCAUUUAUCAUUGUUAUUGUUAUAUAGUUAAUUUACCAAAAAAUUAUAUUAAUUGAAAUCAUUGUUUAAAUA